AUGGAGACAGAAGGCAAGGUAAUUACAUGCAAGGCGGCUGUGACAUGGGAAGCAAAUCAACCAUUUUCCAUUGAAGAAAUCGAAGUUGCUCCACCUAAAGCCCAAGAAAUAAGAAUAAAAAUUGUAACUACAGGAAUCUGCCAUUCGGAUGAACAUGCACUCACUGACAAUCUCAAAGGAGUUACAUUUCCAGUCAUUCUUGGUCAUGAAGGUGUUGGAAUUGUGGAAAGUGUAGGAGAAGAAGUUAAAGAUUUUAAACCAGGUGAUAAAGUUAUCCCACUUUUUAUUGGUCAGUGUGACCAAUGUCCCUCCUGCAAGAACCCAAGAAGCAAUUUCUGUCUUUUAAAUCAGGGCAAAUCUGUAGACGGUUUGAUGUCUGAUGGAACAACAAGAUUUACUUGCAAAGGGAAGCAAAUCCAUCAUUUUAUGAACACCAGCACAUUUUCUGAAUAUACUGUAGUCAGUCAAUUAAAUUGUGCAAAAAUUGAUGAUGAGACACCUCUGGGUAGUGUCUGCCUCAUAGGAUGCGGCUUCACGACAGGAUACGGAUCUGUUGUAAAGACUGCUGAGGUAAAGCCGGGAUCCACAUGUGCUGUGUUUGGAUUAGGUGGCGUUGGACUUUCAGUUGUCAUUGCCUGUAAAAUGGCAGGAGCUUCUCGUAUCAUUGGAAUAGAUAUCAAGAAAGACAAAUUUGAAAAAGCUAAAGAGCUUGGCGCAACUGAAUGCAUUGCCCCACAAGACACUGAAAAACCCAUUGCACAGCUGCUGAUUGAACAAACGUAUGGUGGAGUAGACUAUGCAUUUGAAUGUAUUGGCAAUAUUGAAACUAUGACUUCUGCCAUUUAUUCAAGUAACUUUAAUUAUGGGACAACAGUAUUUAUUGGAGUUCCAAGUUUAACAAAAACCAUUACGUUUGAUCCAAUGAUGUUGAUUACUGGACGCACAGUGAAAGGCUCAGUAUUUGGAGGGGUGAAGAGUAAGCAGUUUGUUCCACAGUUAGUUUCAGAUUACAACACGAAAAAGUUUGAUUUGGAUAAACUGGUGUCACAUAAUCUAUCACUGGAAAAGAUCAAUGAAGGAUUUGCCCUCAUGCGGGCUGGUGAAAGCCUUAGGACAAUUUUGACACUUUGACACUUCUCUCAAAUCUUCCAUAUCUGCAGUUUUUUUUGCACCGUUGUACUGCACCUGCUCCAAGAAUUCCAGAGUUCAGGCCUUCAUUGCAGC